UCUUGUUUUUUCAUUUUCUUUUCUUGUCCACGCACGUAUUUUUUUCCUUCUCUGUAUAGAAAAUUUGAAUUAAUUCCAGUUUAACUGCGUGACGUAAAUUCGAAAUUCUCGUUGGAUUCUUUCAUGUGCAAAACAGAAUCAAAACACACCUACAUUUCUCUGCCGGAUCAAUCAAGCGUUUUUUUUCAGAUUCAAGAUUGUGGUUGAUAUUACAGUGUAGCUUCAUUUCAUUUGAAAUUCCAUAUUACGCUGCUGCUGAGUUAUGGUGCUGAAAAGGAGACUGGAGUAUGGAUUCAACGGCUACCGAGGUCCUGUUAUUCCCAGAGCUCCUAGAUCUAUUAGGAAGAGAGGCCCACGCAAGAAAACGGUUGAGGACAGCCAACUCUGUGCCUUCGAAUUGCUUGCAGCUGUAGCUGGCAAGUUGUUACUGGAGAAUGAAAGUUCUGCUUCUAGUAAUGUAGCAGAAGUGAAAUCCCAGCCUGGCAGUUCCAGAGGCAGAAAUGAGAAAGUGCAGCCGAAAGACGAUAAAGCUCUGAAAUCGGAAAGCUUUGACCAUGGAAGUUGCGCUGAGAGUGCAUUUGUUCCAAAAAUUUCGGUUGAGGAGGGUAAUCUCUUAUUCAACUGUAAUGGUAUUCCUCAAGCAGAAAAUGAUCAGGUUGUCGAACAGACUGCUGUACGUGCAAGUUCUGAUUUCCAACAGAAACUCCAUUGUGAUAUAAAGCUAGGGAGUUCCGAGGACAAGAGUCUGGAUGAAAAUGGUCCAUGUAAAAUUGAAAGUUCCAAUUGCAUUGGUGAGAGUCUUAACAGCAAAGUGGAAAGUGGAUCGGAAGUGCAAUCACAGGAUGACAAAAAUCAGAUAGGUCACUUAUCAAUGGCUAACACAUCGACUGUAAAUGAUCCAAUCGGUGAAUAUGUGAAUACUUAUAUUCUGUCUAACCCAGAGAGUAGUGUAAAGUUCCCCUUGUACAGAGACUCGAAACCUGAUGCUUUGUUGAAGAAUAGUUACAACAAUGUAAAGUUAGGGUCUAGAGAUGAUGACGAAAAUUCUUUUAGGUGCAAGAAGUCUAGCACCAAGAGUAGGCCCUUGAGGCCUCAACCUCGUAGUGUACGCCAUAGAAUGAGGAAGAUGAUGGCGUCCAAAUGCUGGAAAGCAGCUCCCAAGCAGAUGGAUCACGAACUUUAUAACACUUGUGAAGGAAUGAAAUCAUUUUAUCGAUAUAGAAAGAGCAUGUAUACACGGGAAAGAUGUCAACAAGCACCCCUCAAGAAAAGGAAAUUGUUUGAUCGUAGCUUUGGUGUUACAAUUGAUCGAGAGGAGAGUAGUGAUAGCAUCUACAAUUUGCCUGAGAAAGGUAUGAGAGCUAGUGGAGCUUCAGUUAAAGGUCACACAAAAGCAAAGGAUCCUCAAGUGACAUUUAGCAUUAAGUCCUUCAAGAUACCAGAGCUGUACAUUGAUGUCCCUGAAACCACAACUGUUGGUUCUCUGAAGAGGACUGUAGUGGAUGCAGUUGCCGCUAUACUUGGGGGUGGAAUACGAGUUGGGGUAGUUUUUCAAGGGAAGAAAGUCAGAGAUGACGAAAGAACUUUGCAGCAAGCUGGUAUUUCUCAGUGUGCCAACCCUGAUAACUUGGGUUUCAUCUUAGAGCCGAGUUUCACUCAUGUUUCCCCGUCCGAGAUUCUGAAGAAACUUCCUGUGUUAUCGCCACGUGAUUCAGAUAAACCCUUGCCUAGAUGGGAAAUGAAGGAUUGGAAUUGCUUAACUUUUGGCAGGUCUCCUAUCUCCCCAAUGGCUCAUUCAGGGGUGUCAAAUGCCUCAAUGGACCCUCUGCUUGUUACAAAGUCAGACAAUGUGGACAAUAAUGAAUUCAUAUUGUCUCCAACGACCCCUGAUAAUAUGCAAACAGAUGGAGCCGUUCUCAACUCCAAGGCAUUGAUACCCGUCCCUUCAACGAAUGUGGAGGCUCUUGCUGUAGUUCCUGCGAAUUUGAAACCUAAACGCAGUGAGAUUUCACAGCGUAGAACUAGGAGACCCUUCUCCGUGACAGAAGUGGAAGCACUAGUUGAAGCUGUUGAAACGCUGGGAACUGGAAGGUGGCGGGAUGUUAAAAUGCGCGCUUUUGAGGAUGCUGAUCAUAGAACAUACGUCGACUUGAAGGAUAAAUGGAAGACACUGGUCCAUACAGCCAGCAUUUCCUCUCAGCAGAGACGGGGAGAGCCCGUGCCGCAAGAGCUGUUGGACCGCGUGUUAUCUGCACAUUCUUAUUGGUCACAGAAUCAGUCGAGACAACACGGUAAGCACCCAGUGGACCCUUUUUACCUUGAUUCUCGCGAGGGGAUCGUUGGAGCUUGAAGGAUCCAAAAAUGAUGAUUGCUGCUUGUAAAAUGUUGUUCUAGGAUUUAACUGUAACAAUGAAGUUGUAAAAAUGUGUCGUUUUCAGUUUCAUUGAUUCUGUAUUCUUACACACUGAUUUGUUGUCCUGUAUCUUAUGGACUCUCAUUAGACAUUAGACUGUUUCUUUUGUAAAUAAUUCUUGUAAUAAAACGGUUUUUAAACAUAAAUCAGUGUACUCUUUUUUUCCAACA